GCAAAUCUCAUCUUUUAUUUUUCAGCGCAGUUCCGAAUAUAUUCAGGUUCAAACGGCAAAAAAAUUACUAUACAAAAAAAGGAAGACCUCACAUUAAUACUUACAACCAAGAGGCAUUCAAAAGUUAAUAAUGGAUGGACUUGUCGAAAUUUCUCCCAACCACUUCACACUAAAAAAAAGCCAUCCCGUGUAUGUUGCUCUACGUGAAAAGUCGACUCGAUUACGAAAGCUGGAUUCCUCAAAGGAAUACAAGCCACUCUACGAUGUGACCACCAUCACCGAAAGCCCGGAGCUAUUCAAGACUAUUAUUGACUGGCUCGCAACGCGUUACCGCGCGAUGGGCUCUGACGGGCCUACGCAUAUCCUUGGCAUUGAUUCCUGUGGGUGCUACAUUGGGGCUCCCCUUGCCCUAGUGCUUGGAAUCCCAUUCCUGCCAUUGCGACGCGGGGCCCUAACGGAGGGCGAUUUCGUUAUGGAGGGAGAAAAUAAAAAGGCACCGAACCCGCCACUUUUCGUGCGAAAUGGAAGCCUUUCUCCUGAUUCACGUGUGGUUGUGGUUGACGACUUCAUCGCAAAUGGACGGACGCUGGAAGCUGCUUUGGAUUGUGUUCAGGUGGUGGGGUCGAAGGUGUUGGAGGCAAUUGCUAUGUGUGAAAUAAUUGAACUCGAGGGAUUCAAGCAUGUUCAUGAUAUUCCAAACUACAAGGACGUUCGUUUAAUGUCACUUUUCCGUUUACAUAAAGUCUCCGAGGUUCUUUUUAUGCCAAGGCGGUUUCAAGCGAAAAUUUAGGGAAUGAUUUAAACUAUUUUAGAAUCAUAUAAUCGUAAAGUGUGUUUUACAAUGGAUUUAGGAGUGUCGCAAGAAAUAUGCUUGUAUCCAAAUCAAUGCUAUGAACCUUGCUAUAGGAAAUUUUUUUCUUACUUCUCAAAAAAAAACAAGAUAUAUAUAUAUAUAUAUAUAUAUAUGUAUAUAUGGAUAUAUAAAUACUCGUAUAGUAUAAUGACUAUUAAUAAAUUUCAAACUGAAAUGCGAAAUUAAUGCAAAUAUUAGCCACUGAGUGAAUGUUAAA